AUGUCCUUCAUAUCUAAGCUCCGCCCAAAAUCUCACGGCAGCCCCCGUGAAGAUUAUCUUGCGACAGUUGCAGACGGCACUCAACAACCACAACAACAACAACAGCCUCAACACAACCAUCAUCCUAACGUUCUUCUUCACGGCCACCAUAGUCAUCACCAUUCAAUAUCGUCACCUAUUUGUCUUCAGUCUUCUUCAUCUGCAGUACCUGUGCCAUCUUCAGCCAUUCCCAUCCCUUACUCACACUCAACUUCAUCAUCACCACCACCAGUAACAUCUCCAGGUCACAUUUUACUUUCUCCCCCACAAUCAUCAUUCAGUAGUUUGCUUACCCGCCCCAGACUUUACAUGUCUCACUCAAGUUCUGCUGUGACAACAACAUCUUCCAAUGGCCAUCUUGGGAGUCAUCAUCAUAGCGGCCAUCAUUCGAAUCUUCAACAAAGCACUGCAGCUUCUGAUAUUCCAACUUCUUCAUCUCUACAGCGUAUCAGUCACCUUGCAAAUCAAUCCUCUUCUCCCCCAGUACAAAGUUACUUUUCUUCUUUAUCUGCAAACAACAACUUUUCAGAAAACCACAUUUUUGGGGUUCCUCUUGAAACAUCCAUUAAAUAUGCUAGCUCCAAUAUUAUUCUUAAAGAUAAAGCUGGGAAAGAAUAUGUCUAUGGCCAGAUUCCAAUCAUUGUUUCUAAAUGCUCUUACUUUCUCAAAAAAAAUGCUGCUAACACUGAGGGAAUUUUUCGUCUAAGCGGCUCUGCUCGACGCAUCAAGGAGCUUCAAGCUAUUUUUUCUGAUCCUCCGGCUUACGGGAAAUCUCUUGAUUGGGUGGGUUUCAAUGUCCAUGAUGCUGCCAAUGUUUUACGCAGAUAUCUCAAUAACCUUCCUGAGCCAAUCGUCCCUUUGGAUCAAUAUGACCAAUUUCGUAAGCCUUUAUCUCAGUAUCCUGUCAUAAUCGAACAUUUACAGGGAAAUCAAUCAAUAUCAGCCACUUCGCCUGGGUUUAUUAGCCCCUCAACAAACCCUCUUGUUACUGUUUCUGCUGUGCCUGAGUCUAAUCUUGAGACAGUCUCUCCCUUGACAAAUACCGCAACUGAUAUGACAACAAUAACAUCUACAUCUAUAUCAACAGAAAUAGUAGACACAAAGACCAACAGAGAUAUUAAUGGCAAUAAUGAUGUCAAUAAUUUAAAGACUGCAACCACUACUCCCCAACUACUUUCUGGUUUGUCCGAUGUUUUAUCAAUACCAGAGGCUGUGAAUAUCUGCAGUAAUAAUAAUAGCACUGGAAACAUUAGUUUUCAUGGCAGUUUAAACAGUUCGACAGGAAGUAGUAGUGACACAUCUGAAGUCACUCCACGAACAGAAGAUACUGUUUCUCCCACAACUCCCACAACUCCUAUGACAACCACAAAAGAUCUUAAAGAUAAACUUUCUUCGGGUACUGUUCUACCACAGCCCCCUUCUUCUUCCACACAAAAUUUAUCAUCAACAUCGUCUCUUUUACUUCCGUCCACGUCUACUUCGCCCUCAUUGUCGUCUCCAAUUACAUCCUAUUCUCAACAACCUCAGGCCCAAUCCUCAACUCCUAUAAUUUCAUCCAAACCUUCUGCCUUGAAGUCAGACAAUGACAAUGAGAAACUUCAAGAAGAAACAGUGGACGCCAUAGAGCUAUAUAAACAGCUCCUUGAAACUUUACCCCCACUAAAUCGUCAACUGUUAUUAUAUAUUUUAGACUUGUUGGCCUUUUUUGCAAAACACUGGCAGUUUAAUCUCAUGCCUGCAGUAAAUUUAGCUGCAAUUUUUCAACCCAGUUUGCUUUCACAUCCUAGCCAUAGCAUGAUUCCUAGCGAGUACCAUCUGUCUCGUGCUGUUGUACAGUUUUUGAUUGAGCAUUUUCAUUCUCUUGUUCCAGUCGAUCUGGACCCUGAUAAAGCAAAAACCUCAAACACAACUAAAGAUCCACGACCUCGUCAUCAUUUUCGUCGUCAUAGUAAGUCUAUGAGCAGUGUUAAUAUUCCUUCGCAAGUGACGUCAUAUCUCGAAUCUUCAAAGACCACAAACUCUAGUAAUACGACUGUGCUGGAUUCCGAAGUAGUUCUAGAGCAAAGUUCUGCAAUCAACUCAUCAUCAUUAUCACCACCAUCAUCAUCAUCAUCUGCAGUUUUGCCUUCUUCACACACUAAUUCAUUUGCAACUAGUAUCAGUAACCUUGCAAAACGGUCAGUAUCUCCUGUUCAGACGGCCUUAACUGGGCAUAUUAAAAAUAGAGCAACAGAUAACGCUUCGAAUUCAACUGGGAGUAAUUAUAAUGCCUUUGCAUCGACAUCUGAAGUGACAGCACCCGCCUCUUCAAUGAGAUCACGCGCUUUAUCUCCAUCUAGACAUUCUGUCAGUGCUCCUAUUAGUCCACAUAAUCCUCCUGGAUCUCCGCCAUUACAUUCUAGUAUUCCUCUAGCAACCCCAGCAGUGGCAACCACUGGAAUAUUUUCUGCACUUAAACGUGCAUCAAGCAUAACGCGACGUAAGCGUGCUCCGUCUACUUCUGCAAAUUCCAAUAAUCUUGCUAAUAAUCUUAACUCAUCUACUGUUUUAAGCUCUGCUGCUUCUACACCUACAAUUAAUACAUCAUCCCGCCAACCCACCAUAUCAACACCAAGUUUUAUGAACCAAACAUCAACUCCGAAUUCUGUACUCAAUAGCUCUGAGCAGAGUUCAUCAACAAGUUCUAAGCUUUUAACAGAAACCGUUCCUAGUUUGUUUUCAACUACCACAGCAGUUUCAACACCAACUGUACCCACAACCACUUAUGCACCGACCUCUAUGCUUAUUCCUGAUACAGAAUCUACACAUGUCUUACAGCCUGAUUUGGGGCCUACUUCUAUGUCAUCUUCUUCAACAAUAUCGAAUUCUAUUUCUAAUUCAACCUUAUCUAAAGCUCUCGCAAAGAAAUCGAUACCGUCAUCUAUGCUAAUUCCAGAAUCAUUACCUUCUCCUAUCUCUUCACCAUCCGAGCAUCCUGAUCCUGGAAAUGCACAUUUUAGUUCCGCCGCGAUGUCGUCGUCUUCCUCACUCACAGCAUCUGCAUCUGCAUUAAGUUAUGGCUCAACAAGUUCUGCAGCGGCAAUAAUUACUGCUACUAGCACUGCAACUGUAAAGAAGUCAUCUAGCGAUGAUAAAAUUUGUCUUAAAAAUAGUGAUUCAUGCUCUACAUUUACUACUAAUCAAUUAGAUUAUGCCAAUUUUAGAAGUGAGUCUACUCCGACUCGUACGCUUGCUACAUCUACUCCGCUUGAUUCAAGUGAUUUUUCUUUGGGAACCCCUAUUGAUUACAACCAUAGCAAUAAUGGUGGUAAUGUUGUUGCUCCAGAAUCAGCACUAAAAAUCCCUGAGAUCACUACUAGCAAAGUAGAUGAUUUGAAAUCUGAAGAGACUGAUACUGUGAAACGAUCGAAAAUUUCGACAAGUUUAGCUAGAUCUAUAAAUCUACAACCACCAAACACAACAUUGAACCCGAAUUUCGGAGCAGUUGGUGGAUUCUCUUCUGGGUCUUCUUCAGAUGAAGCGGAGCCUGUUAAUACUGUCACUGCAUCUACUCAGACUGAAUUUGAUGUUUUACCAGGACCUCCCAUACUACAGUUACCCCUAUCUUCAAACAAUGCCAGCAAUGAAACUAUUGGAACAGAGUCUGGACGCAGUAAGUUUCGACGUCAUCGCAAGCGUAUGUCUCAAUCUCUUUCUAAUAUGUCUAAUCGACUUACUCGUCGAUCUCUCUCUCCUUUGGCCAAAGUGGAAGGUGGUAAUACAAGUUGUGGAGAACUAGGCUAUCGCAAUAUUACACCAAGUUCACUGGCUGGAAAUAAUUUUUAUGGCAAUAUCUCAUCAGGGGGGUCGUCACCUUUGAGUCUUGCGGCGUCUUCAUCUGUUCAGUCACUACAACAGCAAACUGAUUCAAGGGAGCAACAGUCUCUUGAUAACGCAAUUGCUUCAAUGUCUUUAUCUGGUCCAUCUUGGCCUCGUAACAAUUCUACUGAAAGCGGAAAUUGUGCGUUUUCUAGUGAAUCUUCUAUAGAUUGCGAAUCUGAUGGAGAUUAUGAUGAAUCUAAUAGUAGCCUUGUUUAUCAAAAUACUUCUACUGUUUCUCCAGUCGCGAUUGAUUCGUCAAAUUCGUCAAAUUCGUCAACUGGAUUCGUCAAUACUUCGGGCUUUAACAACAAUAAUAUUUCUAUCAGCUCUUCUGACACUGGCUCGCUACCAACAUCAAAUAAACCGAACGUAUCUUUAUGGCGUCGUUCUCUCAUUGCUAUCAAUAUACCAGUGACAACAUCUUCUUCAUCGGCACCUGCAUCGGCCACUACGACUUCUCUUUCAAUUUGCGAUCAAGAAACUGAUAGUAUUAAUCUAUCUAAAAGUUCCCAACUUUCGCCCCGAACUUCCCCAAUUAACGAUGAUAAUACUAGCAUUAUGACUGCACCCACAUUAGGAUCGAGUCCUAAUAGUCGACAGGGUUGGCUGCAUAGACCUUUUAAAGUGACAUCGCGUAAUAAUAGCCGGUCCCAACUUAAUUCAGAUGAUGAACGUGCUCCAAUUUGA